GCGGGGCGGGGCGGGGCGGGGCGGGGCUCUCCUCCACCAGCCCUACCCGGGUCCCGCUACUGCGCAUGGCACGUUGCGUACCUCCCCCAACCCCCAGCAACCGGCCUGGCUGCGCGGCCCUAAACUAAGGAGGCGGAGCUGAGACGGGGUCGGGACUGCUUGCUAACUCCAGGACCAGGUUUAAAUUUUUGAAAUUGAAGUAGGUCUACACAUUAGGAACUCAUGUCUUUUCUUGUAAGUAAACCAGAGCGAAUUAGGCGGUGGGUCUCGGAAAAGUUCAUUGUUGAGGGCUUAAGAGAUUUGGAGCUAUUUGGAGAGCAGCCUCCGGGUGACACUCGGAGAAAAACCAAUGAGGCGAGCUCAGAGUCGAUAGCAUCCCUCUCUAAACAGGAGAUCAUGAGUAGCUUCCUGCCGGAGGGAGAGCGCUAUGAGCUACUCACCGUCAUAGGCAAAGGAUUUGAGGACCUGAUGACCGUGAAUCUAGCAAGGUACAAACCAACAGGAGAGUACGUGACGGUACGAAGGAUUAACCUGGAAGCUUGUUCCAAUGAGAUGGUGACGUUCUUGCAGGGGGAGCUUCAUGUCUCUAAACUCUUCAGCCAUCCCAACAUCCUGCCAUACCGAGCCACCUUUAUUGCAGACAAUGAGCUGUGGGUUGUCACAUCAUUCAUGGCGUAUGGUUCUGCCAAGGAUCUCAUCUGCACGCAUUUCAUGGAUGGCAUGAAUGAGCUGGCGAUUGCUUACAUCCUGCAGGGGGUGCUCAAGGCCCUGGACUACAUCCACCACAUGGGAUAUGUACACAGGAGUGUCAAAGCCAGCCACAUUCUGAUCUCCUCCGAUGGGAAGGUCUACCUGUCUGGUUUACGCAGCAACCUCAGCAUGAUCAGCCACGGGCAGCGGCAGCGUGUGGUCCACGACUUUCCCAAGUACAGUGUCAAGGUUCUGCCUUGGCUCAGCCCGGAGGUCCUGCAGCAGAAUCUUCAGGGUUACGAUGCCAAGUCUGACAUCUACAGUGUGGGCAUCACAGCCUGUGAGCUGGCCAAUGGCCAUGUCCCCUUUAAGGAUAUGCCUGCCACCCAGAUGCUGCUGGAGAAGCUGAACGGCACGGUGCCCUGCCUGCUGGACACCAGCACCAUCCCCGCCGAGGAGCUGACCAUGAGCACCUCGCGCUCAGCAGCCAACUCUGGCCUGAGUGAGAGCCUGGCCACCAGCACCCCCAGGACCUCCAAUGGUGACUCGCCAACCCACCCCUAUUACCGCACCUUUUCCCCUCACUUCCACCACUUUGUGGAGCAGUGCCUUCAGCGUAACCCAGACGUCAGACCAAGUGCCAGCACCCUUCUGAACCAUUCUUUCUUCAAGCAGAUCAAGCGACGCGCCUCAGAGGCUUUGCCUGAGUUACUUCGCCCUGUCACCCCCAUCACCAAUUUUGAGGGCAGCCAGCCUCAGGAUCCCAGUGGAAUCUUCAGCCUGGUAACAAACCUGGAAGAGCUAGAGGUGGACGACUGGGAGUUCUGAGCCUCUGAAGGAUGUGCACGUUCUCUGUCCCGGGACACGUGAACCCCGGGGGCCCUUCCUAAGGGCUGGCCACAUUCCCACCCUCCUGGGUGCAGAUUGGGUAGAAAGGACAUUUCUGCCACGAGAGUUGGCCGCUUAUUCACUGGGAGAGAAAUUCCUGGAGAGAAACCUCCUUUACUGCUCCAGGACUUCGAGACACCAGGGAAUCCCAGCAACCAGUGAUCAGAGGCCAGGAAGCUGACAUUCCAUCCUGGGAGCUCAGGCGACCUCUUUGGAAGGAAGAGAUGCUGUUCCCUGGAGGGCUGAGGGCCAAGCCCAGGGUUUGACUCUUCAACCCAGGGGACUGUGUGACUUCCUCUUUUCACUCUUGCUGUCCUACCAGGCUGUUCCAUUCUCUUCCUCUGCUCUCAGAUCCUAUAGGUCCAUGGAGGGGCAAGCAAUAAGCAACCUGCCCCCCACCCUAGUCUCCAGACCUCGCCCUAAUAAUUGAAGGGAAGGGCAUUUUUUGUUAAGCACCAGGUUAAGGCUGGGGCAGUCCCUCCUUAUCCCUCUCAUUGCUUGGACCGCAACCCCUAAAACCUUCCCAUAGUUCAUCUGUGUGGUUCAUCCCUUUCCCACCAAGAGUCCAUCUUACUGCCUCCUGCUGGCCACCUUGAGGCUUUCUCCAAGGCCACAAUGUCUUGCCUAGCCUGAGGACUUAAGUCCUUAUGCCGCUUUAGUUUCAUUGCCAGAACGGAUUAAAAUUUUUGGAGAAUCCGUUGGAGAGUGUCAUUACUAUGUGCUGGCCGCACAGGCUCAGACAGGAGUCACCCAGCCCCACGUUCUGCCAUCCCAGAGUGGCCCCACGAGCGCAUGCGGAAGCCUGGCCGUGACCGCUUUCAUUAGAGAGCCUCACAACACACAUAAUAGAUCUGUCUCCUCACCAUCCAAAAAUGUGAG